GUUUUUCAGUAGAUAUUGUGUUUUAUGACUAUAGGGGAAGUUUUUUUUUAGGAAUUAGAUCGACUAUAUGUAGCUUCAUAAAUUUCUUCAUUUUAUGAUUUUUGCUGUCAAGGGCUAUUCACUUAUUAAGUGUUUCCAAUUCGACUUGUCUUCUAUCGGCACUUAAAACUGUACAUACCGACAGAAAACUGUACAUGAUGGAGACUUCAUCUUCAUCCGAUACUCUUCGAAAAAAAAGAUUGCUACAAAAUAAAGAAAUUCUUCGAAUCAACAAAAUACAAUCCACUAGAAUUAAAGAGCUUGAGGCUGAGAAUGAGCGUUUACUAUCAGAAAAUUUGGAUUUACGUACAAAUGCAAUUCGAUUAGCAGAACAGCUUGAACAUGAGCGUUAUGAAAUUGUUCGUCGGUUUAAUAGUAUGCGAUCGUUUCUAUGUUCUGUUGGUACAAUGUCUACACAAUUGCUCUCUGACUUGGAUUCAUAUACGAAAAUCGCAAAAUGUGAUCAUCUGUCAAGCCGUGAUGAUGUUGACAGCCUCUCUUCGAGUUCCAUUGAAGACUCGUUUACUGAUAGAACGAGUAUUGAUCUACUUGAUUUUGUUAAAGAAAAUAUUCCCUUUGGCAAUGUCUCCAAGGAGUUAACUCCGGAACACGAAUCUGCCCAAGUAGACAUUUCUUCGGCAGCACAAAACACAUCAACGGGCAUCCAACCUCUUACUCCAGCAACAAAAUCCCCAAGUUCUUUAAAACGAAGAAAAAGAGCACUUCGUGUUUCGUUCGCAGAGCCCAUUACAGAUAAUGGCAGAGACAGCACAGACGAUAAUAACCGCUCAGACGCCGAAACAGGCCAAAAUUCUGUUGCUCGAACCGAAUCUUUACGUGAUAAAACCAAUGUUUCGCCAAAACCUUCGAUCUCUCCAAAACGAAAGAAAUCAUUGGAACCUCAGGAGACAGUAUCCCCUCCUGCAAAGCGUUCGUCAGGAAGGAAAAAAAGAACUUCUGUUUCCGCUUCCGUGAAAGAUACGCCGGAGCCGACGUUUUCAAAUAAUACAGGGAAUGAUGGGCAAGACAAUCAGACUGAAAAGGUAAACGAACAGACAGAAACACAUGACGACUCUGACAAAGAUUACCAUGAUACUGAAUCUGUUGCUUCUAAGACGGAAGCUACACAACAAACCUCUGAGGCUCAGAAUGCAUAUGUUGGCCGAAGCAGACGUGAACGAAAACAAGUGAAUUACGCACUUCCAGGCUUGCGUAAGAAGCUACGUCGAGAUUUUGAACUACCGUCUGAUCAUGCCAAGCCUAAACGUUCUAGACGUGGUAGGAGCGCUCUACAAAAAUCCUCGACUCAGACGAAGGACAACAAUGGGGAACAGCAGGUCGAUUUGGAAACGCACAAAAGCUUUAAUACAGACAUAAGUGAAAAAAUCGAACCCAUAUCGAUUGAGACAAACUCUUCUGAUGCUUCUCACAGUAAAUCGGCAUCAGAAGCAACUGUUCAAAAAUCCACAGGUGGUACUACGAAGAAGCAGGACGACAAAAGUAAGACUGUAUUGGAAAACAGUUCCGCAUUAGCCCAAGAACAAGGCCCUAAUGUGCAGGAGUCUGCGCAAGCAUCUACGAACACAGAUGCAAAAACUCAAACCAGACGUGUUACAGGGCGAAAGCGAGUAGGUGCAAAAAAGAAGUAGACUGCGUGUUUCUGUUUUCGCUUAAUUAUUACUUAUCGUGCUAUUUUUUUCGAUAAUCUGCUUGUUGUCCAUCUGUCAUUCUUAAAGUGCUUAAUAGUCAAAAACCCUUGUUUUAAUGUGAAUUUAUUUCUAAACUCUGUAUGUUUUAAUCUAUUUUAAUUUACAUUUAUAUGUGCUAAGUACGGCCAAGUUUUGACUAGGCAUUGGUUCCCUUC